AUGUCCACUGUAAUUGUGUUCUGUCCAAAUGCUCGUCAACAUAAAGUCCAAGUGGCACCUGGAAAGCCUAUGAAAGAGGUAUGCCUUACUCUUUGUAUGUUACUCUUAUAGGUCUUGACUGAGGCAUGCUUACAACAAGGUUACGAUGCUGAUAUUUAUGGUCUGCAAUUCCAACGGAAGUUUAUUGACCUCUCCUUGCCAUUUAGAUUAUCCGGGUUACCAAAUAAUGCUCAUCUUGAAUUGAUCGAGAAGCCAACGGUCUCCCAAAGCCCUGUAAAAAUCGCCCUUCAGGUAAAUUUCAUAUGAUAUCGUUGCGCAACCUCUUCAGACACCUCAUGGACGUUUUGAAAGCGAGUUUGCCAUAGAAUGUACAAUUUGGGAGGUUCUCGAAGCUUUCCAAUCGUCUUAUAAUGUGAAUUUAUUGAGUUUUGAUGAUGUGGAUACUGUACCAGCCGUCUCAUUCAUGCAGAAAACAGUAAGUUAUCACUUAUUUUUGAAUUCUGAUUUAGUUUAAAGGUCAGAUGCAAUUGUCGCAGACAACUUUGAAAGCGAUGGGCAUCGAAGGACGGGUUUUAUUUCGAUAUCUGCAAAUAAAAUUAAGCCCGGAAGAUAAAGCGCAGCUAGAAAAGGAGAUUGAACUGAAUAAAUUGAAGCAAGAGAAGUUAGAACAGAAUUAUCUUGCUAAGAAAAAUGAGAAUGAAGAGAGAUUGCGACUUCAGAAGAAGUUUGAGGAUGAAGUUUUUUCGAGAACUGAGGAAAUGAGGAUCAGACAGACCGAAUCUCCUGCUCAGAUUAACAUACCAACCCCAUCUGAGGUCUCGACAAGCGUUGCGAGUAUUCCAACUGCAUCUUCAGAAACAUCUCGACUGAAUCAAUUGCAAUCUGUCCUCUCUACUCUCUCUGACAGUCUAAGUGAAGGAAGGGUCGACGAUCUGGCUGAUAGGUUGUUGACUGAUACUGGCCGUAUUACUCUUAAUCCACCUCCACCGCAGCCGCUUGAGUUUAUUAAUUUUAAAGUAAUUUGACUGCUUUAUUUCUAAAUUCGGGUUUAUUUUUAGUUUCCGGAUAAGCCCGUGGCUACUGUAGGUGAUCUUCUGAAGUUGGAAAAGGAAAGAGGAUGUGUGGAAGAGGAAGUGGAGAUCCCCGAGAGACAUGCUCUUGUCUUUUCCCCUGAACCGAGAGACGUCGACAUGGAAGUUGAUGAGAGUUUCUUUGAUCUGACUGUUGAAGAUGCGAAAAGAUUGCAGAAAGAGUUGAGGGAGGAAGUGUAAGUCUGGUAUUGAGUUUAAUAAAAAGCUACUAUAGUAGAAGAUCCAACCAGCAAUCUCUUCUUCCGGCGUCUUUUAUUGAAAAUAGAAACAAACAAAAGAAGAAAAAUGCGUAUAAAAAUACAGUAAUCCGCAUUAAAUUGGCCGAGAAGAUUAUUAUCCAAGCUCGAUUUACCUCGACAGAGCCGGGUAAGAGAAAAGGGGCCUUUUUCUUACGUAUUUAUUUAUUUCAGUUCAAAAUUUAUUUAAAUUUGUAAACCAAGUUAUCCGAUGGAAUGAAUUCGAAUUAAUCGCUGUGCUGAAGAUAGACAAGGAGUCCAAGAGGGAUCUGAUCGAUGAAGGAUUAGCUCCGAAGAGUACUUUAACGGUUCAAUGGAAGGGCGUUAAGUUUACUGGUAUGUUUUUGUUAGUUUUAGUUAAUUUAAUGGGGAGUACCUCAAGUGCGACGCCCAGGUUUUCUUUAAUUUUGCGUGCACUUCGGAUAAAUUAUUCUUUGCAGACAGGCUACAUAUUAAUUCCUGUAAAUUUUAGUUUGCUAUUUGCAGACGCAGCAGAGAUAUACAAUGACCUUUGCGGCCGAGAGAGCGCGGAAAAUUUUUUCUAAAUUAUGCCUAGUUUCAUAAAGAUCUGAGCGUCGCACUCGGAGUACUUCCCCUGUUAAUUUCAUUUUUGCAGAAGACCUCAUCAAUUAUGAUGUUCUUUCACGUGUAAGCGAGUCAGAGGCGGAUUCAGAUGUUCAUGAAUGGCUCUCGGCCAACUCUAAUUAUAGUCCAGAUCAGUUUCUGGUUGAUGGUAUGCAGUCUUCUGAAGCUGGGACCAAACGAAAUUACGAUGGCCCUAUCAAUAAAUCCCCCAAUUCGGGUCCUUCUUUGCCCAAAUGGCUCAAGAAGUUUUAA